AUGCCCCCAAUCCCACGCAUCUUCUUCACCUACAUCGAGCCCCUCCUCCACCUCUUCGGCGCCCUCCAGCCCCUUCUCAGCCCUUCAUCCAUCACCGCGCCGCUGACCUCCAGCCCGCGCGAGCCCACGCCCACAGAAACCCUCUGGGCGCUGCAGAACGCCGUGCUGCUGUUCGGGUUUGCCCUGCUCACCUGGGUUAUUAUGCUGCACAGCAAUGACAGGAAGGUUGUCAGGGGAUACGUGCUGGUGAGCGCGCUGAUGGACUUUCCGCUUUGGGGGGGCGCUGGCGGUGGCGUUAAAAAGGGAGGGGGUGUUGUGGGAGGUUGGGAAGUGGAGGGGGGAGAUGAGGAUGUUGGCUUUUGUGCCGAUGGGUACGUUUUUGGUCAAGGUUGGGUAUUUGGGGCGGUUGUUUAG